UCACAGUGUUGCUCCCGGUCCCCGCAGGCAGCAGACACAACCCGGGACCUCCAGCUCUGCCCGGACCCUGCCCCGAGUUCUGCAUGCAGCUCUGAAGAUGCGAGCGGCCCCGGUCUCCGGCCUCUUGGCCCCCGUGGCCCUCCUCGUUCUCUUGUGGCCCUCAGAGCGUUUGUCCGAAGCUUGCAGCUGUUCCCCCGUUCACCCCCAGCAGGCCUUCUGCAACGCGGACAUAGUGAUCCGAGCCAAGGCUAUCGCAGGUAAAGAGGUGAACAGUGGAAAUGAUGUCUACGGGAAUCCAAUUAAAAGGAUCCAAUAUGAGAUCAAACAGCUCAAGAUGUUUAAGGGUCCUGAUAAGGACAUUGAGUACAUCUUUACAGCCCCAUCUUCCGCAGUGUGUGGGGUAACGCUGGAGACAGCGGGCAAGAAGGAGUAUCUGAUUUCAGGUAAAGCGGAGGUUGAUGGAAAGAUGCACAUCACACUGUGUGACUUCAUUGUGCCAUGGGACUCUCUGAGCCAGACUCAGAAGAAGAGUCUCAAUCAGCGGUAUGAGAUGGGCUGUGAGUGCAAGAUCUCUCGCUGUCCAUCCAUCCCCUGCCUGGUCACUUCUCAAGACGAGUGUCUCUGGACAGACUGGGUGACAGAGAAGAGCAUUAAUGGGCGGCAGGCCAAGCACUAUGCCUGCAUCAAACGCAGCGAUGGAUCCUGCUCCUGGUACAGGGGAACAGCUCCCCCCAAGCAAGAGUUCCUCGACAUAGAGGACCCAUAA